GGUGAAGGAUGCACGGCCAGCCCCGUGCGCGGCCCGCACUCUCGGCCGCCUGAGCCCCGUCCGCCCGGCCCGCAGCCCACCGGCCGACCCCAUGGUGCGUGCGCCCGGCCUCCUGGCGGCCCUGCUGGGCCUGGGGCUGGCCCUGGCCCUGGCCCUGCGGCGGGUGGGCGCGGCGGACUGCGGGGCCCUCGGCCCGGCGGAGCGCCUGGCGUUCGCCCCGGCGGCCAAGACCCGCUGGCUGGCCCCUCGCGUCCGCGCGCCGGGGCCCCUGGACCCCCUCUACGGCACCGUGCGCCGCUUCCUCUCCAUGGUGCAGCUCAACCCCUUCCCCGCCGAGCUGAUAAAGGCCUUGCUGAAUGAGCCAUCCUCCGUGAAGGCGGAUGAGGUGGUGCAGUAUGAGGCAGGCUACGUGGUGUGUGCCGUGAUCACCGGCCUCUACCUCCUGGUGGUACCCGCCGCUGGGCUCUGCUUUUGUUGCUGCCGCUGCCGCCGGCCCUGUGGUGGCCGAGUGAAGAUGGAGGACAAGACGAUGGCCUGCGAGCGAGGCACCCUCAUGGCCUUCCUGCUGCUGACCACCCUCGUACUGCUGAUCGGCGUGGUCACUGCCUUUGUCACCAACCAGCGCACGCAUGAGCAGAUGGGCCCCAGUGCCAAGGCCCUGCCGGAGACUCUGCUCAGCCUCCGGGGCCUGGUCUCCGAUGUCCCCCAGGAGCUGCAGGCCGUGGCACAGCAGUUUUCCCUUCCUCAGGAGCAAGUCUUGGAGGAACUGAAUGGUGUCCACAGGAGCAUUGGGAACACGAUCCACACGCAGCUCCAGAGCACCGUGUAUGAGGUCCUGGCCUCUGUGCUCAGCCUGGGCCAGGCCCUGCAGGUCUCCGUGGACCACCUCCGAGCCCUGAACGCCACCUCCGUGGAACUUCAGGAGGGACAGCAGGCCCUGGCGCCGGCUGUCCAGGGGCACCGGGAGCGCCUCCUGGCCCUGCUGCAGGAGCCCAGCUGCCGGGGCUGUGCAGAGGCCCUGGACAGAGCCCACGCCUUGGAGCUGGGAGCUGACUUCAGCCAGGUGCCCUCUGUGGAUGAAGCCCUGCAUCGGCUGAAAGGCGUCCCAGAGGCCAGCUUCUCCAGCAUGGUUCAGGAGGAGAACAGUACCUUCAACGCCCUCCCGGCUCUGGCUACCUUGCAGACGGCCGACGUGAUUAGAGAGCUGAAGAAGGUGGUGGCCCAGCAGCCUAGAGAGCUAAGGACACUGGCCGAAGCGUUCCCAGGCUGGGAGGCGGCUGCUCGCUGGAGCCAAGCACUGGAGGAGAUGGAACAGUGCAGCCGCCCCUACCUGAAGGAGGUGCAGAGAUAUGAGAAAUACAGGUGGAUGGUGGGCUGCCUGCUGUGCUCUGUGGUCCUGCUUGUGGUGGUCUGUAACCUGCUGGGCCUCAACCUGGGCAUCUGGGGGCUCUGUAACAGGGAAGACCCCAGCCACUCGGAAGCCAAGGGCAAGGCUGGAGCCCGCUUCCUCAUGGUGGGUGUGGGCUUCAGCUUCCUCUUCGCCGCGCCCCUCAUCCUCCUUGUCUUCGCCACCUUCCUGCUGGGCGGCAACGUGCAGACCCUGGUGUGCCGGAGCUGGGAGAGCGGGGAGCUCUAUGAGUUUGCAGACACUCCGGGGAGCUUGCCGUCAUCCAUGAACUUGUCCCAACUUCUUGGCCUGAAGAAGAACCUCAGCGUCCUCCUGGCCUAUCAGCAGUGCAAGCAAGGGGCUGCGCUCUGGACGGUCCUGCAGCUCAAUGACUCCUAUGACCUGGAGAAACACCUGGAUAUCAGCGAGUACACUGCCAAGCUGCAGCAGGAGCUGCAGAAACUCAAAGUGGACGUGAAGAAUCUGGACCUGCUGAGCCCAGCCGCCCGCCAGGACCUGGAGGCCCUGCAGAGCAGUGGGCUCGAGCGCAUCCACUACCCAGGCUUCCUUGUUGAGAUUCAGAAGCCUGUGGUGAACAUCAGCGUGGAGAAGCUGGCCCAGGAGCUGGAGGGACUGGCCCAGACCCAAGGCAAUACUGUGCUGGUGCAGCAGCUGCAGAAGGAGGCCCAGGGGCUCAGAAACCUCCGUCAGGAGAAGCUCCUCCUCCAGCAGAGGCUUGUGGCUAAGCUCAACCUCAGUGUCCAUGCCCUGGCAUCCUCUGCCCCACUUCUCCAGCUGGAGACCUCAGAUGUCCUGGACAGAGUCACUCACCUGAAAGGAGAGCUGCCUACCUGGGCCAGCCGUAUACUGAAGAAUGAAACUGAGUGUUUCCUGACCCGGGAGAUGGGCUACUUCUCCCAGUACGUGGCCUGGGUGAGAGAGGAGGUGACUCAGCGCAUCGCCACCUGCCAGCCCCUCUCCACAGCCCUGGACAAUGGCCGUGUGAUCCUGUGUGACAUGGUGGCUGACCCCUGGAACGCCUUCUGGUUCUGCCUGGGCUGGUGCGCCUUCUUCCUGAUCCCCAGCGUCAUCUUCGCUGUCAAGACCUCCAGAUACUUCCAUCCCAUCGGGAAACGCCUCAGCACCAGCAGCUCUGAGGACACUCAGCCCUUCCACAUCCCCCGUGUCACCUCCCUGAAGCUCUAGGACCGCAGUGAGGAUAUGGACGCAAGGUGAUGCAUGGGGCUGCCUGCCUUCCCUGCUGACUUUGCCUGGACCAGAGGAUUUCUGUCGCUUUUGCCACCAGAGCCCAGGCUGGCAUCCAGGCCUGGAUUGUCCCCCAAUUCCAGUUACCUGAGCCCAUCUUGCUACUCCCUUUGCACCCCUUUCUGCUCACGACCCCUUCAUUCAUGCUCAAAAACACACUUACCUUCUGUUGAAUCUCAGAGCAAACAGGUUCCUCCAGGUGUGUCUCCCUCAUCCUCCUUGCUGCAAUAUAUUAGCUCCAGGAAGAGCCUGUUCUCCACCUAGUGGAACCUCCUCUUCAGCCCCUUGGGCAGGACAGAGGCCCUGCCCAGCCCCACUCUGUCCCAUCUGCCCCUCCCCCUGCCCAUGCCUCCCACACGUCUCCAAGCUCCUUGCCCGUUUUCCUCCUCUCCUCUGACCCCCCACUUGCCCCACUUCACUCUGUCCCCUCCCCAGCCCUCACUCCCUCCCCCCAGGGAAGCCCUUUCCCCCCCUUUGUCCCCUCUUUACCUGUCCCCUUACUACCUGUCGGCCACAGGGACCCCUCCUGCCACCAAGCAGGCCAGGGGCCACCAUGGCCUGGGCCCGGGCUGGCUGCAGGCUCUGCCUCGUGGCCCCUGAGCCCUCCGCUGCUCAGGGGGUGGGACCCUCCACAGACCCCGGCCUGGAUGUCUGGCCCCCAGGGGGUGUGGGAGGCCCGUGUGAAGGCUGAGCCCCCGUCUGCACCUUGGGCAGGAAGUCACACUGCUGUCCCUCGCCUUAGGGAGCACUGACUCCCUAAGAAGGGACCUGGGAUGUGGGCUGGAGCAGGGGCUCCCCCUCAGCUCCCGAGAAGGUAGCCUCUUCGACAGUCACCACCCAGCUUUCCAGGAGAGAUCUGGUGGCCACAAGAGGAUUUGGCACUGUGGCCCUUACCUCUUCUAUCCUAUGCCCCUGACUGGGCAUCACCCCUAGUCCAUCCCUGUGCCCUCCCUGCAUGCUGGACCCUGAGUUCCAGAAAUGGGGAGGAGGAGGGGAGAGAAGAGGUGGACAGGACGGAUCCAUUAAAGUGUUCUCACCUGG